CGUUGAUUUUUCUUUUAAUCGUAUUUCGCAGAAAAAAAAGAAAUUAUAGAACUGAUUAUUUUCAAAUAUUGUGUCCAGGAUUAUGAAGUAAGAAGGCAAAAAAAAGUCCAACAAGCCUGUCAAGCAUAUUACCAUAGAAGUAACAAUAAAUAUUUCAAGCUAUAGCAAAAAGCUCAAAGAAAACAUAGUGGACUUUACUCUAGCGGGAAUAAAACGUGGAAAAAGAACACUUAAUAAUGGAUCAUUCCGUUUUAACAUAUUUGUAUAUGUUUGUUUUAUUUUCCUUGAUAUGCCUAAACAUUCAGCUGCUAGAUAAAGCAAGUAGCAUAUCUCAUUUGUUUUUAAAUAUUCAGCAGAAUAUGCAAUGGUUUAAACAAGACACAACGAUAUUUUCAAAUACGGAAAAUGAAAAUGAAAAAACGUCAGGAGUGUGCUCGGUAACUUCAACACCAAAAAAAUCAGUUAUGUAUAUUAGUAAUCAAAAUGCUGAGUCAUCAGUUUUGCCAAAUUUAGUGCUGAGAUAUUCGAAUGAAUAUAACCUAACAUUGUGCAAAAGUUACGAUAUGGUAUACAAAGAUGGCAGAGCAUGUUGUGAUGUGAUCAUGGUCAAAGAAGUGGAAGGAAUUGAGAAAAUGAAGCAAUCUCUUCCAAAGGAUAUGUUUGUUAUGACGUCAGUUGAACAUCCAAUCCGCCAUUUUCUACAAACAUAUAAACAUGCAGGGAUACAUGAAGUAAUGACUAGUUUGUUUGGUAAUAAACUCAGUAAGUGGAAUGCGAUGAGAAAGUUUCUUCAGAUUGACCAACACAUCAAUGAAGCACAUGCAAUCGACAAUAAAGACAGUAUAUCGGUACUUCAUUCUCUACCACGUAACUUGCAGUUAACAAAUCUGGGUAUUCGUGACUUCGAUCCGUACGAUUUAAACCGCAAAAUUGCAACUUUUGAUUUUAUUGUUGUGAGAGAAAUGUUUGAUGAAUCACUUGUUAUUCUAAGAGACCGACUUUGCUGUUCCAUACAAGAUGUGCUAUAUGACAAAGCACAACAAGAGUUGACAGAAAUAACAAUACCGAAGGAUAUUGAGGACGCCAUAUUAAGAUAUAAUAAGGACGAUAUGAUACUUUACAGAACGGCUUUAAAGAGGUUAAAGAGAAGUAUAUUAGAACAUUCAGACUUUGAGCAAGUUCACGGUAUUUACCAAUACGAACAAAGGAGACAUUCUAAAUUAAAAACUAAGAUGGUGCCGCGAACGUGAAAAGCGGUGAUUUCAUUUCCUGUAGCAGCCUUCUCUAAAAUAGUUUAUCUUUUUACGCUGAAAACAUACUCAGUUCUUCUGUUUUGUUUUUCAGUUUUCUAGAAUUUCCUUUGUAAUGCGACAAAAUAUUUGUGGCUUUAUAGCUUUAUACGAA